UAUCUUACUUCGGCGCGGCAUGCGGGAUUAUGCUGAAAUACGGCCUCUACGCAAUCCGCAGCAGGGAGUACAAAAUGUUUCUCGGCUGCAUCAGAAGAGACUUCAGUGCCAAGAGGCCGCAGGCCGAGUUCGACAUCUUGGAGAAGUACGCAGGAAGGGGUGUCUUUUAUACUCAGUUCUACUUAUUUAAUUGCUAUUGCUGCUACGCACUGUUUAUUCAAACUCCGCUGACACCGCGCAUCCUGGACAUCUUCAUGCCGAAAAACGAGUCCCGCAAAUUAGGCUACGUUUACCCGGCUUACUUCCCCAUCGAUGAAGAGAAGUAUUACAUACCGAUAACCGUACAUAUGAUACUGGUAAUCGCGAUGGUGUUCUACGUGUACGUAGCGUGCGACACAAGUUUCGCGUUCUUUGUGCAACACGGUUGCGGGCUCCUAGCCGUCGCCGGACACCGUUUCAAGGCGGCGGUUGCAGAACCGGAGAGCUUCUACGAAAAGGAGUACCUCCACGAUCGCCAGUACAAAAAAAUACGUUUCGCGAUACAAGGACACCAGUAUGCUUUAGCAUAUUUGCAUGCGAUUCAAGAGGCCCACGUCGAAUACCUCUUCAUUUUGAUCGGUUUCGUGAUGAUGACCUUCAGCGUCACUUUAGUGAAGAUAUCCAACAUGGAAGUUAGCCCCGAAUUUUUCAAGGAUUGUACCUUCCUCUUGAUCCAACUAAUGCACAUAUUCUACAUGUCGAUGCAAGGACAAUGCGUAGUGGAUUCAGUAAACGAAUUCUCAGACACGAUAUACAAUGCAGAGUGGUAUGAAAGCGACAAAAAAGUACAAUCAUUGCUCGUACUGGCAAUAAGAAGUUGUUUGAACCCUCCUAAAUUAACAGCCGGUGGACUCAUUGUACUAAAUUUGCAAAGUUUCUCGGAGAUCUUAAAAGCAUCGGUUUCGUACUUCACGGUGUUGCAAACCACCUAAAUAGAAUCAACCAUGUUAGUGGUACAACCAGAAACAUGAUGGACUAUUGAC